CUGUAGACUUUCCUCGCUAUUCCGAGGCUCUGCCAUGUCUAAUGAAAAGUAUCAGCCUACAGCUAAAACCUAGGUAACGUCUUCGCUACAGGAAGCGAACCUGCAUCUUGGCUUUACAUUGGCCUUUUCGAACCAAACCUCGUUCGUCCAUCCCAUGUCAAUCCGCACUCGUGCAUAUGAUGCCGAACGACAAGCACUUCACGAGUCUCUCUUGCCCAGCUGGGCAAGGCUGGGCAGGGCAAUGCGCGGUUAAGGUCCUCAAUGUGGAGGUGCAAUGUAUACCCCGUGUUGAACAGCGCUUUAUAGGUCGGAGAGUAUUGCAUCUCGCAGUAUUAUAGUACUACUGAGUACUUCAGAUUGUCGUGUACUAGCAAUAAAUAGAUAAAGUGUUUACGCUGCCUGUUGUCGUGUGCACAACCCGACCAUAUUUGACGGGAUUUCUUUUGCUGUCACUGCCCUGGCAUCGUCGAUAUUGACUUCUUCACAAGAAAAAUGGCAUCUCCUUCCGCCUCCAGCACUGUUGCCGUAAUUGGGCUCGGCGCCCUUGGAUUAGUGACUGUCAAAAAUCUGCUAGAAGAAGGCUUUGACGUGACGGGUUUCGAGAAGAACCCGUACGUGGGAGGCCUGUGGAAAUACACAGAGGAUGCGCAGACAUCUGCGCUUCAAUCAACGAUUGCCAAUAUCACGAAACAACGGGGGUGUUUUACCGACUUUCCGUUUCCUGAUGAUACACCAUUAUAUCCCACCGCAGCGGAUGUGGAACGGUAUCUGGCCGACUAUGCAAAACACUUUGGUCUCAUGUCUCAUUUGAAGCUGGAGACGACCGUUACCAAUGUUCGCCGCAACGAGCAAAACCAGAAAUGGGUGCUCACAGUCAAAGACACCAGCGGUGGUGAAACAGUGCAGAGCUUCGAUAAAGUGGUCGUGGCGAAUGGAACAAAUAACAAACCUAAUAUUCCAACCCUUGAGGGUCAGGAAGGAUUUGCAGGCAAGAUCCUUCACUCUCGAGACUUUAAGAGACCCGAAGCGUUCAAGAAUCAAAGAGUGAUGGUGGUUGGGCUGGGGAACACGGCAGCCGAUGUGGCUACCGUUUUGGUGGGCACUGCGGCAAAGGUAUACCUUUCACAUCGACAAGGGUCCAUCAUGCUGCCUCGCAUCUUUCCUGACGGCACAGUUCUUGACCACACCAUGACAUACAGAAAGACAAUGAUACAACUCCAAAUGGCCAAAUGGGCACCUGGGCUGGCGGAGAAAGUCAGUAAUGCCUUCGUCAAGGGUCUUCAAGACAAGGUGUUUCGCAUCAGGGAUGAAUGGAAAUUAAGUCCGGCGCCCUCGAUAGCCCACCAUAUACCAACCAUUUCGGACAACUUGGUGGAAGAGCUGGAGAAGGGCCAUAUCGAUUCGACAGUGGGGCCGUCCAAGGUAACAGGGCCAAGCAACGUUGAACUGGAGGACGGCGAGCAAAUUGAAGUGGACAGUAUCAUCUGGUGCACGGGAUACAAAGUGGAUUUUAGCCUUGUCGGCGAAUUUGAUCCAACUUUGCACUCGGACGCGCAUUACAAUGUCGUGCACGAUGGCGGCCGAACAGAGAAGCAUCCAUUGUCGAUUCCGCGACUGUAUCGUAACAUCUUCUCACUGCAACACCCCGACAGUCUGGCAUUUGCCGGGACGGCGGCUCAUCCGGCACCCAUUUUCCAGACGUUCGACCUGGCCUCAAUGGCAAUGGCGCAGGUAUGGAAGAAUCCGGGGGCGCUGCUGCCGUCGAAAGACGAGAUGAUGAAGUCGGUGCAACGGCAUUUGAAUUGGGCCCAGUCCAUCGCUGACAGAGGCCCCUUCAAUCCCCGUCUGGUCAACGCACCGGAAUGGGUGGAAUGGGCCGAAGAUACUGCCGGUGUGCGGGUCUCGGAGCAGCUGGGGUAUGGGAUUCAAGGAUGGAGGUUUUGGUUGCGUGAUCCACAGCUCUGCAAGAUGCUGCUGGAUGGGAUUUUGAGUCCUCACAUCUAUCGGCUUUUUGAAAGUGAUCGGAGGAAAGCAUGGUCGGGUGCCAGAGAAGCCAUUGAGAAGGCGAAUGAACAGGCCAAGGAGAGACUGGACCAAAUCCGCGCACAAAAGCAUGAAGCAUUAAAGGACUAGAGUGCGUGAAACAGUUGCAGAGCGAAUCUUCGUAGCGGUAUUCUUAGUCCUAUGGUUCUAUCGUGGUGAGAACCAACGUGUUACCUUCAUUUUGGAUAGAUCAUGUGUGUCGAGAUGA